UUUUUGUAUGACGGUCGACAGAUAUAUCAAGAUAAAAUAUACAAAUAUACAUAACCUUUUGAAACAAGUGAAUAACAAAACAAAAAGAGAUAUUAACAAGUCACACUCGACGAUUGUUGAAAAAUCUUUAGGGUUUAGUUAUGACGCCAAUUUCCUAAUUUUCCAGUAUCCGUGACUAUAAUGGCGAACUUGAAACCUGGAAGUCAAAAUACUCGCAAAAAAGUUCAGGUGUCGAUGGUGAUAUGUGAGGAAUCAGAAAAAAGGCACAGAUCUGGAGUAAACGCCUUGCAGUUAGACCCUGCACUCGAUAGGCUCUAUUCAGCGGGCCGAGAUUCUAUAAUCAGAGUAUAUGAACAUGAACGCUUUCUACAUGGAAUGGAACACCAUACGGAUUGGGUUAAUGAUAUUGUUUUAUGCUGCGGGGGAAGACACUUAAUUUCUGCCAGUUCGGAUACAACGGUGAAGGUUUGGAAUGCUCAUAAAGGGUUCUGUAUGUCCACAUUACGUACUCACAAAGACUAUGUUAAGGCUUUGGCUUAUGCUAAGGAUCGAGAACAAGUGGCAUCUGCUGGACUGGAUAAAUCUAUUUAUUUAUGGGAUAUCAAUACAUUAACAGCCCUGACAGCUAGCAACAACACUGUAACAACUUCAAGUUUAAUGGGUAGCAAGGAAUCAAUUUAUAGCCUUGCUAUGAAUCCGUAUGGGAAUAUAAUUGUAAGUGGAUCCACCGAAAAGGCUUUAAGGCUUUGGGACCCGAGAACUUGUGCCAAACUGUUCAAAUUGAAAGGUCACGCAGAUAAUGUAAAAGCUUUAGUUGUAUCAAGAGAUGGGACUCAAUGCCUUUCAGGUAGCAGUGAUGGUUCUAUCAAGUUAUGGAACCUGGGAACUCAAAGAAAUGUCCAAACAAUUCGUGUACAUACUGAUUCUGUCUGGGCUCUUUUGGCAACUGACACCUUUAGUCACGUAAUAUCUGGUGGCCGAGAUAAAAAGGUUAUAAUGACUGAUUUGAAGAAUACCUCAAACAGUAUUGUGGUCUGUGUUGAAGAGGCUCCAAUUUUGAAAAUGUGUUUCACGGCUGAUCAGCAAGCAGUGUGGGUAUCUACGUCAGAUUCUAACAUCAGAUGUUGGAAACUACCUACUGAGAAGCAUUUUAAAGANGAACACGUUGAAAUGUUGACGAUUCACUUGGGCCAAGAUGAAGUUGAUUGUUUUUCGGCAUGGGUGUCUGCCAGAGAUGCCGGGAUAAGAGACACCCCGGAACCAGAUCACAAGGUCAACUAUGGCAAACUCUUGCUGCAAGCGUUGUUCGAGCAUUGGAGAGGGGUAGAGACUGAUCCAGAAAAUAGGCUAUACUUCAGUGUGCCCAAGCACAUACCGCUUAUUCUAAGUGAAGUUGGAGGUCGAACGUUAUACAGGGUUCUGGUUGGCGAUACUGCUGGCGAUACUGAAAACGCUCUCCUCAACGAAACUGUACCCAACUGGGUGAUUUCAAACAUCGAGGAGAAUUGUACAAACAAAUUCAUCAAAGUACAAUUUUACCUACAGCCACAUUCCAGCGUUCCUUCACAUCUGCUCAAGCAGGAUAGACUGAAAAAGCCUGACCGGCUUGUUGCCAACGACUUCAUACAAUGUCGAAAAGUAGCCGAACAUAUUUUAGAGAAGCUUUUGGGGGAUGGUUCAGCAAGCUCGCCAGGAUGUGGUGAUGCAGAUUCCACUACACCUUCUAAUAAUGGUUACAAUGUAGACCAGAUUGAGUUGACUUGCAACGAACAGGUACUCGAUCCGACCAUGGACUUGAGAACUGUAAAGCAUUUUAUAUGGAAAUCUUCACUGGAUCUCACGCUGUUUUACAAAAUCAUCAAUAAAUAAUAGCCAAUAUUCCAUCAUUUUGUAAAUACAGACCGGAUGAUUUUUGAAUACUUUUUUUUUCCUGUAAAGAUAGUCGUUUUCAUUUCUCAACUCCAAUUCCUAGUUAUUAAAAUCCUAGAUAUUUUUGUAUGUAUGUUUAUAGCGUUUUCUAGAUCUGGUACACAUUCCAGAUUUAUUAUUAUAGUAUUUAUUGUUUGGAGAAAAUAUAACCUGUGUAUCAAUAAACACUUUUAAGUAG